AUGGCCGAAAUUCCAGCUCCCCUCGCGGCCGUUCAGGUCGAGGCCUUGGUGGUGAUGAAAAUCAUCAAGCACUGCUCCCAGGCCUUCCCCUCCACUGCGACUGGCGCCAUCGUCGGUAUGGAUGUCGAUGGCACUCUCGAGAUCACCAACACUUUCCCUUUCCCCGUCGUCGAAGUCCCCGCCGAGUCGCACUUUGACAACGCCGCACCCAACCCCGCUGCUGCCGCUCCUCGUGCCAAGGCAAACGCCGCCUACUCUGCAGAGAUGAUUCGCAUGCUGCGCGAGGUCAACACCGAUGCCAACAGCGUCGGAUGGUACACCAGCGCCAACAUGGGCAACUUUGUCAACAUGAAUGUGAUCGAGAACCAAUUUUACUACCAGAGCCAGUUGAACGAGCGCACAGUCGCCCUCGUUCACGAUGUCAGCCGCAGUUCCCAGGGCAGCCUCAGCCUCCGGGCCUUCCGCUUGUCAUCCAAGUUCAUGGCUGCGUUCAAGGAGAACAAGUUCACCUCCGAGGACCUGCAAAAGUCCAACUUGCGCCACCCCGACAUCUUCGAGGAAUUGCCCGUCAAGCUCCACAACUCCCACCUGAUCACCUCUUUCAUCCACCAGCUGCACCCCUUCGCCAAAACCUCCACCCUCACUCCCAACUUCGACAACCUGUCCCUCAGCAUCGAUCCCUUCCUGGAGAAGAACUGCGAUCUCCUUCUGGACAGCAUCGAGACCCACAACACCGAGGUCAACAACUACCAAUACUACCAGCGUGUGCUCGGCCGCGAGCAGCAGAAGAUCAACGCCUGGAAGCAGAAGCGCGCACAAGAGAACGCCACCCGUGCCACUCUCAACCAGCCCCUCCUCCCCGAGGACGAGUGGCAGCGUCUGUUCAAGCUUCCCGCCGAGCCCAGCCGUCUGGAGAGCAUGCUCAACACUAGCCAGGUGGACCAGUACGCGCGCCAGGUCGACAGCUUCGUCUCAUCCAGCACGGGCAAGAUGUUUGCCAUCAAGGGCAACCUUCUGCCCAACGAGACCUCGAACUAA